GAGGGAUGCUGUGUUAAGAGGCAUGGGAGAAUGGGUGGGGAAGCCUGGCUUGGGUGGAGCCGUAUGUGGCGAUGCUGUCUAGACUAGGGGCUUGGCAGGCAUCCAGGGAGAUGGUGAUGCUGUGAGAGAGGAGGGGCGAGUGACUGCUGCGUGUUCAAGGGAGUUGUCACAAUGCAGUGAUGAGCUAGGGCCUACUCUGAACACUUACUCCCAUGCAUAACUUUACCUGUGGGAGUAGUCGUAUAGAAUCCAGUGCUUCCUUCAAGAUGGAAGAGACUGAAGAAUCCAGUCCACCUGAAGAAUUGCUCCAUGACUUAAAGCUUUCUGAUCAGAAGUCAUCAGAGAGCACCAGUCCUUUGACAGCUGGUUCCAAAGAUGCACAUCAUGCAAGAAGCAUGGACCGGGGAGAUCUUCAUUCCUCUUCCCAAGAGGCUAGAGCAGCAGAUGAGUGUUUUCAUGACUGUAAUGACUCCUUUGAGGUAAAGGAACCAGGAAUGGAACAGGAGAGAGACAACAGAGAGGAUCCUGCAGGGAAGCAGACAGAAUUAGAUGAAGAAUACUUAUUAGAACUGGAAAAAAAUAUGCCAGAGGAAGAAAAACAGAAAAGAAGAAAGGAGAGCACAACGUUAAAGGAGAAAGGAAACGAGCAGUUUAAGAAAGGAGAAUAUGGGGAAGCAGAAGACUCCUAUACGAAAGCUGUACAGGUUUGCCCAGCCUGCUACCAAAAAGACAGGUCUGUUUUCUUUUCAAACAGAGCUGCUGCAAGAAUGAAACAGGACAAGACAGAAGCUGCCCUAAGUGACUGCAGCAAAGCAAUUGAACUAGAUCCUAACUACAUCAGGGCUCUGCUGAGGAGAGCAGAACUAUAUGAAAAAACAGAAAAACUAGAUGAAGCCCUGGAGGAUUAUAAAACAGUCCUAGAAAAAGAUCCAUCAGUACAUCACGCGAGAGAAGCUUGCAUGCGAUUACCUAGACAGAUUGAAGAGCGGAAUGAAAGAUUAAAGUCAGAAAUGUUAGGUAAGCUGAAAGAUCUUGGGAACUUGGUUCUUCGACCCUUUGGCCUGUCGACAGAAAAUUUCCAGGUCAAACAGGAUUCCUCAACUGGCUCAUACUCCAUCAACUUUGUUCAAAAUCCAAACAAUAACAACAGAUAGCAUGAGCUAGGCCUGCUCCUAUUAAAAAGCUGGCUUUCAAGCUUUGUGACACCAUGCUUGCAACUACCAAUAAAAGGGUUCAGCAAUCAUUUAACAUGUAAAAUCACUUUAUUCAAAUGAAAAUAGACUUGAGGGUAUACAUUUCCACUUUGGUGAGAUGUUUAAAAUGUGGAUGAAAAAACAAGUCAUUUGAUUUCCCUUUUGCAGUGACAGCUUUAUGCCCAGAGUAGGUUUUUUUCCAAGUGCAUUAUUUGUCUUCCCUUAUAAGGAAGUUGGUUACCCUGGUCCAUUCACUCUCAGCAACAUCAGUCUAGCAAGCAAUUCAAAGUUGGAUCAAAAUGCUCACAUGCCUGUAACCCAAAUUACAGGUGUGUCCAAUGGGUGUCUUGUGGUGUUAGUAAAUCUAUCAGAAGUGCGUCUCGCCACUCAGCCAGUGAGUGUGACAGGCAGUGGCCGUGGAAGCAAGCUGACCUCUGUGGUAUAAUUUAUCUUCAUUGUAAUAAAGGCUUGAUGUUUC